CUACAAUUAUUUUAAGCUUUCGGUUUCAACCAGCACUGGAAACUUAUUACCAAAAAUAAGACACAGUACAGUAGAGUUGCUUGUUCCUUCAUCUCUGUUCAUUUAUCCAGACCUAUAAUCUAAAUGCAACCAUUUUAAUAUUGUAUAGCAUUGAUUUCAUUAUAUUUCUUAAAUAUUAGGAACAUUACCCUGUGGAUGAAAUAGAAACAAAAUUAUUAAGCUGGAGGGGAUAAACAUCAAUGUCAUGAAUCCACUUGCUCAGCAGCAGCAGGUUGUAAAUAGAGGCAUGAUUCCACAAGCUCCACUUCAAGUAGAUAGAGAACGAAUUUAUCAGUGGAUAAAUGAUCUCUCAGCACCUGAAACUCGUGAAAAUGCACUACUGGAGUUAAGCAAAAAACGAGAAAUUGUGCCUGAUCUGGCUCCAUUGUUGUGGCAUUCAUUUGGAACAAUAGCAGCUCUACUUCAAGAAAUCAUUCAAAUUUAUCCUUGUAUUUUGCCACCAGUUCUCACGGCAUCCCAGUCCAAUAGAGUCUGCAAUGCCCUUGCCUUGUUACAAUGUGUUGCAUCCCAUCCUGAAACAAGAUCAGUAUUUCUUUCAGCCCAUAUCCCCCUUUUUCUAUACCCAUUUCUCCAUACUGUAAGCAAAACGCGUCCAUUUGAAUAUCUACGUCUUACAAGUCUGGGUGUGAUUGGGGCUCUAGUGAAGACUGAUGAACAAGAGGUAAUAAGUUUCCUUUUGAAUACAGAGAUUAUUCCCUUAUGUUUAAGAAUAAUGGAAGGAGGAAGUGAACUAUCAAAGACAGUUGCUACUUUUAUUCUUCAAAAAAUUCUUCUUGAUGAGACAGGUCUAUCCUAUAUUUGUCAUACUUAUGAAAGAUUUUCCCAUGUUGCAAUGAUAUUGGGUAAAAUGGUUCUGUCACUUUCUAAAGACCCAUCUGCUCGCCUGCUUAAACAUGUUGUACGCUGCUACCUUCGUCUUUCUGAUAACUCAAGAGCCCGUGAAGCCUUGCGCCAGUGUCUACCAGAUCAACUGAAAGAUCUUACUUUUCAAAAUUGUCUGAAAGAUGACACCACAACAAAACGCUGGUUGGUCCAGCUCCAGCAAAACUUGUCAGAAAAUACUACAGAGUCAAGUGUGCCUAGACCAAUGUAAUUUGUUUUCUAGUUUGAUUUGAUAGGGCACAAUAACAGGAAGCAACUUUUUAUUGCUCUCUGUGAAAGUGUUAUGUGGUGCCAAUUUUAACAGGUUUUGAAAUAAGAAAAAUGAAUUAGUCUUGGAUGCCACUAAUUUUUUUAUUUUUGUGAAGUUAAUAUAUUUUCUUAGGCUAAGCUAAAGUUAAAGUAUGUUAAUAACAUUUACUUUUACAUUGUCAUAUCUUUAAUUUUGUUGAUUGAAAAGAAGCCUUUCAUAAAAUGCAUUUCCAUUUGGAUUUAAGAUUUAAAAAAAAUUGUUUAACAAAUGAGGGUAUACAUGUGUAUUAUGGUUGUUGAUUUUCACUAUUACAGUAUAGGAUGUCACUUUAGCAGUAAACUGUCUGGCUUACUUUUUAGUGGAUCAUUAUAAAAUUUAGAGUAACUUGCUGACUUUUAUUUUAAAAACAGUCAAAAUUCUAUUUAUUAGUGUGCAGACGUAAUACUAAACUGAACAUUAGUACAGUAACCAGUGGUUCAAUAAGCUAAUAAACUUUAAAUGUUAUUUGUGAACGCUUCCAGUAUAAAACUGCAGCACUACCUGUAAGUCAAUUGAAACAAAACUUUGUUUUGCCAUAAAAUUAAACCACUUUUACAAAAUAUUAGAAAAUGUAUUAGAAAACCAAAUAGAAUAGUAUGCAAGUGUAAUUUUAUGCAUGUAUUAUAGUUAAUAAAAAUGUAAAUAUCACUUUCAUUGUAAAUACUAACCACAUGGGACGUUUCCAUGUGUAUAAAAUUGGUGUUGUUUUUAACAAAAAUUAAUUUGAAUGCUUUAAUUUAAAUGCUAUUACAGAAAAUAUGUACUGAGAUUGUUUACUUGAGGCUAUGAUGGUAUAAAGGCAUUCCAUGUGACACAUUAUUUUGAAGUGUUUAACCUGGGUGCACACAUGGUAUAAAUGCAGUGAAUUUACAUUUUUAACAUUUUGCUUCGUAUUUUUGUAACUUUUUCAGGUUACCUUUUGUGUGUUGAAAUAAAAUGUAUAUUUUUACAUUAUUUUGAAAAAGAGGUGAAUGAUUGUGUCUGUUUUAUCAAGGGACUGAAUGGUAGGUUCUUUUAACAUUAUUUGCUGCUUGGUGCUAAGUUUUGUCUUUACUUAAAUACUUAAGUCAGCAUUAAUUCUAUUGCUGCAAAGUAGUUGAAAAAUUGUCAGUCAUCAGUGUUUGUGAGAUGUCACCAGAUAAGAAUAAAUUCUAAAAUUCCUAAUGGUUUGUCUUGUGAUAAAUUAAACUUUAAAAUUCUUGAA